AUGCCCUCUAGUUUGGAGUAUAGAGAUAAAGAGAGGCAGAGAAAACGAGAAAGUAGGCGGCAAGCAAGCCAAGCUCAACGAGAGAGAGAGCGGCAGAGAGCUAGAGAAAGGAGGCGAAACUGCUCUGACGAGCAACGGGAGAGGGAGCAAGAAAGAAACAGAGAAAGGAGGCGCAAUUUUACUGACGAGCAACGGGAGAAAGAGCAGGAAAGGGAUAGAGAAAGGAGGCGCAAUUUUACUGAUGAGCAACGGGAGAGAGCACAAGAAAGGGAUAGAGAAAGGAGGCGCAAUUUUACUGAUGAGCAACGGGAGAGAGAACAGGAAAGGGACAGAGAAAGGAGGAAACAUUUUACUGAGGAGCAACGCGAGAGAGAGCAAGAGAGAAACAGAGAAAGGAGGCAAAAUUUUACUGACGAACAACGGGGAAAAGCGCAAGAAAGAGAAAGGGAAAGGCGACAAAAUUUCACUGAAGAGCAACUGGAGAAUGAACGAGAGAGAGCAAGAGAAAAUAGACGCCUAAUAAGCGACGAGCGGCGAAGAAGGGAGCGAGAGACAGCAAGGGAAAACAGGCGUCGUGUAAACGAAAACGAACGAGAAGGAGGAGAAGGUGAGCGAAUUUUUGCCGAGGUUAGCUUUCUGUUAUAUGAAUCGGGGAUUUUACGAAAACAGAGGUAGCUUUUGUUUUGUUUGUUAAUCAAUAACCUCUUUGUAAUUGCAUCAGUUUUUUUGGACCAAUCACCACACGUCAUUUGUUGUCACGCAGUCUAGAGUUGAUACCUUUAUCAUCCAUUGAAGUCGACCUGUGUCCUCUUCGUUGAAGAGAAACGAUGUGAUUGAAAUUUCACUUUAACAAGACAGUCGCGUCCAAGAUAAAAUUAUAGAGUAACCUUAUAAUUCGUGCUCCUUGGUGUAUUUUCGUUGUCUCUGGCGCGGAAAAUAAGGUAAUCUUAAAUUGUAUUAAUGAAAUGCCAGGGUUAGAAAUUAUUUUUGAAUGUUGACCGGCCAAACAAAUUUAAGCUCGGUCAUGUCUAGUUACUAACCGGUCAAAAUAAAUUAUUACCUGCCAAACAAAUUUUAGCUCGGUCAUGUCUAGUUACUAACCGGUCAAAAUAAAUUAUUACCUGCCAAACAAAUUUUUGCUCGGACCGGUCAAAAGACAGUAAAAACUCGUAGAUAAGAACCUGGAUUUUCCCAUUGCAUUAACAGGUACGUUCUUAAAAAAAUAGUUAUUGGCAAAAAAUUUGUCUAUUUUUCUAAAAUGAAAAGGUUCUUAUUUUCUGAAAAAAAAAAAAAUUGCAGAUUAUGUCUCCCAAAGAGGUUCACCUGAAUAUUUUCCAGGUGUAUAGAAUUUUUUUUAGAUUUGAGAAAAUAAAGAUGUGUGUCAAAUAUUGGGCUAAACAGGUUCUUGUAUAGAGGGGCCUAAUUAUAACUGGCAAGUUUAGCCUAACAGGUUCCUAAAACCAGGUUCUUAGUCACAGCUAGGUUUUUACUGUAUUGAAGACAUUGUACUUUGCAGUAAUAGCCAAAUUAAGACAAAAAUUAUGUGAUCAUAAAUGCUCAAAAACUCCUUGUGUUGAGAGAUGGGGAAAUAAUAUAAACCAGUUUUGAGUGUGGUUAUCAAGUUGUUCAUUCAUUGGAGGGUACAGUGUAGUAAAUAAUAUUUCCAGGAAUAUUGUCAAGCUCAGCUCUUUUUUUUUCUUAAAAACAAUUCCCAUUAGAGUUAAACCAGAAAUUACAACUUUUGGCUCAGUAUUGUUCUGACAUGUUUUCUUUGAACAAUAGGUGUAUGUAGGGGUGAGGGAAAAUUCUUGCCCAACUAAAGAUUUUAUCUUAUCUUCUUAGCCAUGGAAGAACAUGAAAGUCAGGUCCUCCAGGUUGAACGUAGCAUGGAAUGCUCUCUGCUUGGUGAACAAGAGCAAAGUCACUCAGCAGGUACUGAUAUAGUUCUUGGUAGAUGGUAUUUAUUAUAGAAUUGCAUAAUUGAGUAAAAUCACGCAUUCUGAUUGGUUAACGAAGAGAGGUAUUCAGUGUGGAAUUGCGAGUUGAAAACGAGGCUAAGGGAUGUUUUUUCGCAUCUCACGUAACAACUAUCGUCAAAUUGUAACACAACAACUGCAAAAAAGGUUUUCUGCGAUGUCAUUUUAAAAUGUUUUCAAAAUCAUUGUCACCUUUUGUAUAUACUUUCUUAACAUACUGUAAUGUCGCCUGGUCCUCCACCUACUGUUCCAGCCUAAACUGUAUUUACCUUUUGCAAAAGCGUCUAGUGCGGCUCAUAACAAAAGCUCACUAUCUAGCAAAUACGGCCCCUUUGUUUAGCCAGCUUAAAGUCCUUGACAUAUUUAGUAUUAAUUCAUUUUCUGUCACUACUUUUAUGUAUUGUUAUCACCAUAAUCUUUUGCGAGUAGCUUUCGAGCUGGCUACUCUAAAACUUCUGGAGAACACUGAACAAUAGAAAUAUAUAAGAACCAAUGAGCCUCAGGUGUCACAAUCUGCUUGCUUAUCUUCGUAGCCAUGGAAGAACAUGAAAGUCAGGUCCUCCAGGUUGAAUGUAGCAUGGAAUGCUCUCUGCUUGGUGAACAAGAGCAAAGUCAAUCAGCAGGUACUGAUAUAGUUCAUGGUAGAUGGUAUUUAUUAUAAAACUUAAUAAUAUACAUGGAAAAAUUUCUUGAAUGAGAUUGGCUUAGAGCAGUGCAGUUUUUAGUAAACACAGUAAAAAAACAAGGAAACAUAAUGCAAAAAUAAGGAAAUAAAGUGCAAAUUUCUCAGAGAAUGAAAACCUGUGAACAAUCAGUGUUCUCCAGAAGCGCAGGCGACUGGUGGUUUUGCUGCCUACUCUUAUGACUCAAAACAGUAAAAAAAACUGUCUGUACCUUUUAUCUUGAAUUUUUCAGAAGGUCCUAAAAGAAACAAAAACAAUAACUUGUCGUACAAAAAGCUCUUUUGCUCGAUAUAUUUACUGAAUGAUUUUUGAUGAGACAUUGCCAGAUAAUAUUUUUAAUUGUAAAAUAUCUAAGACAGUACAUGCAUUCUGAUUGGUUAAAAACCAAUAGUUUAUUGUGCUGGUAAUCUCAUAGUAAACUGAAACAUGCUUUAAAGUUAUUUUAUAAAAGUAAAAGACCACAUUUUCUAUGGAUUUACCAGCAUGAUAACUCACUUGGUUCUUGGGAGAACUCUGGAAAAGCUUAUAAAUCACGAGCGAAACUUCUCAGAUCUCUGGGCUUAAUGUCCCCAAACCCCUCCCUUAGAUACAGUACUCUCGCUUUAUCAGUGGUUGGUGUCAGGCACCAGUUUCUUUGCUUUGGAAGCUGGCUACUCUAAAACUUCUGGAUAACACUGAACAAUAGAAAUGUAUAAGAACCAAUCAGCCUCAGGUGUCACAAUCUGCUUGCCCAAUUUAUUAAGAUUAUAUCUUAUCUUCUUAGCCAUAGAAGAACGUGAAAGUGAAGUCCUCCAACUUGAAUGUAGCAUGGAAAGCUCUCUGCCAGGUGAACAAGAGCAAGGUCAUUCAGCAGGUACUGAUAUAAUAAUUAUUGAUUACAGAAGAUGAUAUUUAUUAUGAAAGAUAAUAAUAUACAUGGAACAAUUUGUUGAAAGUGAUUGUCUUAGAGCAGUGCAAAUUUUAGUAAACACAGUGCAAAAAUGAGGAAAAAUUAUGCAAAUAAGAGUAAAAAAAUAUUUUCUCAGAGAAUGAAAAAAUGUGAUUAGCUAAUAAACAAUAGAAAUAUAUCAGAACCAAUCAGGUACCACAAUCUGCUGGUCACCCCGUGGGAAGCCAGGUAGGUAACUUGACGAGUGGAAAAAUAGCUGGCAUACAAAGCAAAAUUUAGUUCUGUUAUGACAAAGUACUAUUGAACAAUUGAAAACAAAAAUCAAAUAUAAACGUUGUAAACAGGACUAUAUAUUGAUUUGAUGUUUGAAGCUAUUGUACAAAGAGAAAGGAUUUUCAGAGAAAAUUGAGAGUUUCUAGGAUGCCAAACCCAACAAACUGCUUAGUGGAGUCCUUCUACAUCAAGACUCAUGAGUAAUAUAAACAAACAAGUGGGCAACUAUGUGCCCAAAAUGGUCUGAAAAUUAAUUAUUAUGACAGCUAUGGACACGCAUUGAAAGAGUUAAGGAUACACCUGUCCAUAACUAAGGACAAACAAUUCAGUUCCUUGAUUUUGAGAUGCUAAAAUAAAUGCGAAACAACUAAGUAUGUGUUGCAAAAUUAAAGCAUACAAAGGCAGGCAGGAAAGUACAUGUAAAUUAUUUCAUGUAUAUUAUUAAAAAGUAAUCAUAUGACUUUUCUCACUCAAUGUGGAAUUUAUUUGCACUCAUGUGUUUUUUUCAAAAGCUCAAAUUGCAUUUGCCCUUUAAUUUAAGGCUCAUUCAGUUUUGAUAUUUUUUGAAAAAUGGAAAUUGAACUCAAAGGCGGUGACUACUUAUGCAAACACUCAUGCCCCAUUCACACGCUACCCAUUCACACCAACUAAACAUGUAUUAAAAUGAAAAACAGACACAGAAAAUUGGACCUCAGAUUCUCACACAGGAUUCAAAAUAAUGACCUUCAACCAUUCUGGUAAUUUGCAAGAAACUUAGUCAGUAUUGAAAAAGCAGCUAUUAUAAAGCAAACAAUUUUAACUUUGUUUAAGCUUUGGUGUGAAUGGGGUUAAGUAUUUUGUGGAAUAUAAAUGAAGAAGAAAAGGGGAAACAAAUGAUAACAAUAUUUGUAGUGAAUCAUGAAAACAAAUGCCUGUAUAAGAUCCUUGCAAAUAAGGGAGCGGACAUGCGGACAAAAGUACAACCACUUAAGGAUAGCUCCAUGGUGAGAAUAGGUUCAAAAUAGUUGUAGCACAGCAUGAAGGUCCUUUCUACAAGUACAAUUUGUAGCAGUUUUCUUUAUAAAAUGAGAUAAUGUUAGUAAAGCAUGUGAUAGUCAAGAUCUAUACAUAUUACAUCAAAAGACUGAUGACUGAUUUAUGAAAUCUCAGUCAGUAGUUAUCACCACUUAGAAAACGAUUUUCAAGCCUUGCUCUUUUAUCUAAGGUUUGGAAAAAUACUGUGUAUUUCCUUUUUGAAAUCAGGUUCUGAAAUCAGUAACACAAGCACCAUUAGGUAGGCAGGCUGUAGCCUGCAUAGCCCAAGAGUCACAAUUCUAUUAAUUCUUCUCCUGUAAUUGAAUACCCCAAACAACUUCACUUAUCCCUCAGGCAUGCUAAAAAUAGAGUCCACUAGUGCCACUAAAAGCUUAUAUUGUGUAGUUGGUAAAUAAAGAUAAUUCAUUUACUAGGAGAAGAGAUGGAAAAGGACACCCUUGUACUAGAAAAUGCCCCAAUCGAGGAAGCAAACAACGUGCAGGAAACACAGCAACCUCUUCCAGAAGUAAAUAAUAGUAGCCACCUAGAAGAUGACCGCCUUAUUGCUAGAGCAAGGGCAGUUGGUGUGGACUAUGAGUUUGCAAAGCCUGGUGAAGUGGAAACGGAGGAUGACAUGAGAAAAAGACAGCGGCGAAACCAAAGAAGAAUAUCAGAACAAGAGAAAAGGUUGCGUGAAGCUGUUGGAGAUCUACCACCUCCUCCACCUGCAGGGUCAAGUCAGCAAGAAGAUAAUGCAUACAGUGCUAUUCGUGCAUUUGAGGUGGAGCAGAUGACUUAUGCAUUCUUUUUUUGUGAGGUCUGCAAGGAAAGGCGAUUGGAGUGCAAGGGCACCAGAAACAUGUGUACUCGCUGCAGAAGAGAUAAGAAGGUGCCAAAAGUUUGGUCUGGUGAGAAUAACAUGGAUCCAAUGGCUGUUCCUGAGAUUUUGUCUAACAUGUCAGAUGCUGAACAGAUGCUGAUAGCCAGGCUAGCACCUACUGUGCAUGUACACCUACUGAAGCAUGGAGGUAUUGCCUCAAAGGGACAUUGCAUUGCUUUCCCACAGGCUGUGCAAGAACCAGCCACUAUUCUUCCACGCCUACCAGCAGAGGUGGAUAUCAUACGCGUGAGAAGACAAGGAAAAGAUGAUACCCAUAAGGACUUCAGGGUUAGAAGACACCGUGUUGAAGGAGCCCUUCGUUGGCUCAAGGACAACAAUCCUGCUUAUGGUGAUGUUGUUAUAGAUGGCGCUCGCAUAGAGAAUUUACCAGAAGAUGGUGAGUUGCGAAUUUGAGGACUGUUGAGUUCUCUGAAACAGAACGCAUUGAUGACCAAGGCCCUGCACCACAACAAUUGGAUGUUGGGGAAACAGACAGCACUGAUGACUCAACAGUCUCUGGAAUUAUUCUUCCUGAGCCUGGAGUGAAUGUGCAAGCACAAGUAGAAGCAGCCAUAAAUGAAGUUGUUUCUGAAUCUCGGGAAGGUGAAGUUGAAGAAGCACAAGGAAAUGUGCAACGACCAGUGAUCCCUUGGCCGACCACGGGUACAACACCAGCAUCAGAGUUUACCACUCCCUACUUUUUUACGAUGGCAUUUCCUUGCUUGUUUCCCCAUGGAAAGGGCGAUUUCCACAUAAACCGGCCAGUGACAUCUCCUUCACUGCAUAACUGGGCAGAGCACCUGCUGUGGUACCAAGACGGAAGGUUUGCGAGGCAUAAGGUGUGGAAGUUUGUUGUCCACAAUAUGAUCAUGAGGAAGCGUGCCCUGGAGCAGAGUCGGUUCUUUGUUGAUCAGCAACUUGGUGACCCACACAUAACUGUUGCAGACCUGCAAGAGCGACUUUGCGAGGAGGUGACACUUUUACCGACAAGUUGUUGUAUUUUGGCGCAAAUCUGCGUGGUACAGCUCAGUACUGGCACCAGAGACGCAGAGAGCUUCGUGCCCUUUGUGGAGUUCAUGGUCAAUGAGAAGCGUGGGUUGCCUUCAUUUUUCAUGACUGGAAGCUGUGCCGAGUUUUACUUUCCUCCUCUUAGAAGGCUACUGGAAGAGUACAUCUUGCAGACGAAAAAGGCGAAGAAGUCAACCUUGCUGAAGAUAGCAAUGCCCGCUUCAAGGCAGUACAAGAAAAAUACUCAUGUAGUGGUGAGUUACUUUGACCUGCGUGCCCAGGCUUACCAUGAGAAGAUACUGAAGCCGGUAUUUGGUGUCUCUGAUUAUUGGUACCGCUGUGAGUUUGCCAAGUCCCGUGGUCAAAUUCAUUGGCACCAACUCAGCUGGAGGGAAGACAGGCAACCACAUCAGCUAUUGCAUGAAGCUCGUGAAGAUGGUUGUGAAGAGGAAGAGUAUGCAGCUAGACUUAGUCAGUGGGCAGAUGAAACCUUUGCCAUGACAGCAUUACAUCCAGCUGGCAAUGACGAAGAAGGGCAGCCAAGAAAAGACCUCUGGCCACCACCUGAGGGAACGGCUGAGCCCAUAUCAGAUGACAGGGAUCCCUUAGUGAAGAUGCUAAUGCAGAUCGCAGCAACACAAGAUGCAAUACUGGAGGAUCAUUUGCUUUUUAGUAAACAGGGUUGGACUCCACAGUUGCUCUGA